AUGCUCUCCGGCGUCUUGCUCUUCAAUCAGAAAGGCGAGCUGCUCAUCAUGCGAGCCUUUCGACAAGACAUGCGACCUCGACUCGCCGACGUCUUCCGCAUCCAAGUCAUAUCGAAUGCCCAAAUCCGAUCGCCCAUCCUCACACUCGGCUCGACGACUUUCUCGCAUAUCAAAAGCGACAAUAUCUAUGUCGUGGGUGUCAGCAAAGGUAAUGUCAAUAGUGCUUUGGUCUUCGAGUUCCUGUACAAGCUUGUGGCAUUGGGCAAGAGCUAUUUCGGACGCUUCGAUGAGGAAGCUGUGAAGAGCAAUUUUGUCAUGGUGUACGAGCUGCUGGAUGAGAUCUUGGACUUUGGCUAUCCGCAGAAUACGGAGACGGAGACGCUGAAGAUGUAUAUCACGACGGAAGGUGUCAAGAUGGAGCGAGCCAUGGAGGACAGCAGCAAGAUCACAAUGCAAGCGACUGGUGCUUUGAGCUGGCGACGGGAUAACAUCAAGUACAGGAAGAACGAGGCUUUCGUGGACGUUAUCGAGGAUGUCAACUUGCUGGUCUCUGCUUCAGGCACAGUCCUUCGCGCAGACGUCAAUGGCAGCAUAGAAAUGCGAGCCUACCUCUCCGGAACACCAGAGUGUAAGUUCGGCCUCAACGACCGCCUAACACUCGGCGACGGCGGCGCCGACACAUCUCUGGGAGGAGCCGUGGGCAACAUGAACGGCAAUAAAGCCUCCAAAGCCGCCGCGGGCUCCGUAACCCUCGAAGACGUGUCCCUCCACCAAUGCGUCAAACUGAGCAACUUCACCAACGACCGCACAAUCUCCUUCAUCCCACCUGACGGCAGCUUCCAACUCAUGACCUAUCGCGCCACCGAGAAUGUCAACCUCCCGUUCAAAGUCCAAGCCAUUGUAAACGAAAUCGGCAAGAGUAAAGUCGAGUACAGCAUUGCCAUCCGCGCAAAUUACGGCAGCAAACUCUUCGCCACAAAUGUCGUGGUCAAGAUCCCUACUCCACUCAAUACAGCCAAUACAACCCACCGGACUUCUCAAGGCAAAGCCAAGUACGAGCCGAGCGAGAACGCCAUGAUUUGGAAGAUCGCGCGCUUUACGGGCCAGAGCGAGUUCGUGCUAAGUGCAGAAGCGGAGUUGAGUGCCAUGACGAAUCAGAAGGCUUGGUCGAGACCACCGUUGAGUAUGCAAUUUUCGUUGUUGAUGUUCACGUCUUCGGGGUUGUUGGUGAGGUAUUUGAAGGUCUUUGAGAAGAGUAACUACAGCAGUGUCAAGUGGGGCUGCAUUUAUAAGGCCCUUGCUUUCGCUGCUCUUGGUGUCCUCAAGCUCAGCCAAGGGUUUCGAUCCUCGUGCCAUGCUGCAACAGGUCAAGGCGAGAGCAGAUCCGUCCAAACUGCUCGUACAAGCAAGAUCAUAAAGCUGAGACUUUGGACUCGCGCAUCACGUGCCAUACACCGCCAGCCUAUGGCUCGGUCACUUCGCCGCAAAGCCAGCGGCACACACACCAACAUGGACAACAGCGGUAGUGAGGACGAGUUACCAACCAAGAAGCCACGUAGCACUACAAGUAAACGUCAAGUUACCAAUACACGAGCCCCACACACUUCGCAGCCGAUCCGAAAAGAGAAGGCGCGCAGCUCUCACGUCCUUAGCUCCGCUUCGGACAAUCAAAUCUCGGCUACUGAGCUCAACACUCCUUCAUCGUGCAUCACAGUCAGUGACAGCGAAGGAGAUCCCCAAGCAAUGAGUAAUCCUGGUAUAAAGCGAAAGCGCUUGGAGCAGAAUCUUAGCAGUGGCGACGACAUCAUAAGCCGUGCUCUGAAAUCUCCAACGAAAGAGACAGAGGCGUUGGCAGCGGGUGAGGUGGAUCAAAGUGCUAUCGGUGCAUCGCCUAUCACUCCGACCACUUUGCCAACCACGUCACCUUCAACCCACGGCUCCAACAACAGCAAGACAGCUUCCUGCGCAGAACAGCAACCAGUGACCAGAGUAGCAGAUACAGAGGAGUCACAGCAUCUUCCAGCCGCCAUGGAGACGGAAGCAGUUAAAGAAUCCACUCUGGUGGAGAAGGCGCUCGAAGCAAUGGCUCUGAAGAACCGCAGGCAGCUCAUCACUGGUGACGUUAUGCUGAUAAUGGACCAAAGUGAUCUCGCCAAGACAAUCCGGGUUGAGCAUGAAUUGCUAUUGCGCCAUGCGCCACAGCUCGCUUUGGUCCUCACAGGCGGACGAGAGGCCAAACAGAACUUUUCCAGGACAGGCAACGAAGUCUGCUUCCUUGCUGUGCUCAAUUCAGGAGAUGCAGGCUACCUGGGAUUACUGCUGGUUCCAUACUCGAUCCCCAUUGGCACACCUGCCCCAGCUGAUCUUACAGGCGAGGCUCAAAACAUCUCAGUGGAACAGCACCGAGCUGACAGUAUAGUCAACACUGUCAAGAUUCGUGUCAAGACCGAGCCGGAGGAUGAUUUGGCAUCUCCCGCAGCGACAGCAGUGCCUCCGACCCCACAACCAAGCGACUGGGUAGCACCAUACGAGACCUUCUUCCGCAUUCUCGUGUACACCCCGAAUAUCACAGCGAAGUACUGCAAGCUGCCAAGCGAAGCAACGACAGCAUUGCCACUCUUGAUCAGUCUCACUGCUAUUGCAGAACGCUAUGAUUGUCUCCCAGUCAUUCGCUCCGCGAUCAAGUCCAUCACAAGCGACUGGGUUUCCAAUCGCAGCCUGUACAAUGCAAUUGCUGAGCAUCCUGAGGCGUGGCUUGCUCUGGCAAUCAAGCUGCAGAACAAGCUGGCUUACAAGGAGGCCUUCGUGCAUCUGGUUGGCCGCUUCCCGGACGUUGAGCCGAAGGAGCUACCUGCCGAGAUUGUGAAGACCAUCGAGCGAGAGUCUGGCGGGCUCAAGUUUCGCCGUAGCGUGGUUGAUAAGCAGCUGCUGGUCACCACGCUCAAGGUGCAGACCAGCGCCAAACCGAAGACAAACAUGGACGCCAAUGAAGAUGAGGAGGAAGAGGCAGAUACGAAGGUAGGCGUCAAGAACGAGUCCAGUGAGAAAGUGGUCAGCCCGCACUUCGAGCCUAUCAAGUACAACACGGUCAACCUGUUCCGCGACUGGUUGGGCGAGCACAUCGACUUCAUCGAUCAAGUUGAGCAAGGCGUCGACCCUGACAGUAUCAUGGACACGAUGGUAUGCGACCAUCCACGAACGAAGCCAGGUUCUGCUCUCGACUGCCUGUCAAUCUCAGGCUUCUGCCAUUUACUCCACAAAGCAGGCGACGGAUAUCUUCCAGCCGAAGAGGUCAUCACCAAGUGGAGCAAGCACUCACUGGAAUACAUUGAUCCGAAGGCGCGGGAGAGGAACGAAAAUUGGGAGGGCAAGCUGAGGAAUGAUCAGGCGGCUGAUAUUCGCAACACUCUUAAAGCGCUGAAGGAGAAGGCGAAGGAGAUUGUUGCGCCGCUGGUUGCGUCGGGUCUGCAGUAUGAGGGGAGGGAGGCACUGCCGUAUCUUACUUGCGUCGAUGCUGGGAGUGUGCCUUGGGCGGAGGAGGAAGGUGAUGGGGAUGAGGACGAGAUGGAUUGUGAUUGA